AUGACAUUUAUAUUCAGAGAUGAAUCGCUAUUAUCACAUGAAAACAAUCAAUUUCUUAUAGAUCUUUUAGAUUUUUUCCAUGUACAAAAUGUAUCACUGGCUAUAUUUCUUCUGAUUUGUUUGAUUUUAUUUGGGUUACUGUUGUUCACAUUGCUUUGUUAUCUAAUCAUAUCAAUUUGUCGUAAAAUAUUCACUUUUAAAAAUCAUCACUCAACAAUAAUAUCAAUCAAUCAUAAUAAUAAAGAACAUUUCAAACCAUUUGAAUUUGAUCAACCUUAUAUUAAACAAGGAAUAUUACAUUAUAGUUUAAAUUAUUGCACAAAAUUGCAUACUUUAACUGUAGGAAUUAUCGGCGCGGAAGAUUUGAAAUUUUCGCCACAAUUAACAAAUUAUCAUACACGUGUAACAAUGACUUUGUCAAUUUGGGAUCAAAAUCAUUGGAUUUUAUUAGAUCAUCAACAAAGACAAACAUUGUAUGCUGAUGGUUUAAAACCUCAAUGGAAUGAAAAAUUCACUUUUGAAAUAUUAUUACAGUCACAACUGAUGCAAACAAAUUUAUUCAUUGAAGUGUUGACAAGUGAUUCAAUUGGUCAAGAUGAAUGUAUUGGAUGCUUACAUGUAUUUCUCAGUGGUAUUGAUCCAGAUUUGUAUUUUAAUAAGGAAUAUAUAUUAUCAGACACUUUAAAAGUAUACUUAAUUAAUUUCACUGAUUUAGGUGAAAUGUCUAUCGGUUUACAAUAUGACAACGCACAUUGUCUACAUAUUCGUUUAAUUGAGAUACGUAAUUUAAAUCUUGACAAUAUUAUUCAAUCACCUAAUAAAUAUCAUGAAAUUUAUGUGAUAGUCUGUGUAAUAAUUCGUGAAAAACUAAUAAAACGUGAAGUUAUUACAUCACACAGUGAAUUCAAAGAUUUAUAUUUUAAUCAUACUGUUAGUGUGAAUUUAAAAAGAAAAACGGACAAUUUAAACGAUGUACAAAUUACUUUCCAAUUAUGUCAUUCAAAUCAACACAAACAGAAGAAACAACUAUUAGGUCAUAUAAGUAUUGGUUCUAAAUCAUCACAGAAUACAGGAUUUAAACAUUGGCUAGCAAUGUCGAACGAUCCAUUCAAUAUGAAUAUAAUGUGGCAUAUUUGGAAUCCAAUAUCAUAG